AUGAAAGAUCGCAAGAAAGCACCACCGUUUCACGAAUGUGAGCUCAAACUUCUCAUGAAACUCUAUUGCGAUUCCUAUGAAGAAUAUCAUGGACGAGGAAAGACUAGCGAAUCAGGAAAACAUCACAACGACAAGAAAACCUUGCUAAGGCGAUUCGCUAAGGAAGUGUCGAAUUUGGGAUUUUAUCAGCGUACCGAAAAACAGAUUGAGGAACGUCUUCGAGCCGAUUGUAAACGUGUACGAAAACAUGAGUUAUAUGAAUGCCGUAGAGUUAGAGCUGGCCUAAAUGGUGCUGCCAGUGCAAAUAACGAUGAAGACCUCGAACUUGAUCAUCACCCUGAUAUCGCCGAUGAAUCUGCAUUUGAUAUGUCUCAACCGGGUACAAUGAGCAAGGUUAAGGAAGAGAUGAUGACUCCAAGAGAUGGCAGUCCAUCGGGAGAACCGCAAUCAAGUGAAAUUUAUACGGAAGAAGACGUUAUGGAUGAAACUGCUCCUACAUCAACUACACCUAGUCAAAGAAGGGGGCCACGAAAAUACAUCAGAGCGGCGUAAGU